CGGUUAUCUCCGCUCUUCCUUUUGAACUCCUCAAUCCGGAGCCUAUUUUUCACCUAAACCUCCCAAACGGUGCAGUUGACACGCCUCAAACGUAUUCUAUGUUCCAAAGGGCGAUGGAAAGGAUCAGUAUGAACCCAGAACUAGCGGAUGAGGUAUAUGCACUGUAUGGGGGAGAGCGGUACCCUGCUUUGCCAGACGGUGUUCCAGACUCGGAGAAAAGAGACUUGAGCGAUGACUCUCUGAACGUCCUAGUCGAUCUGGAUCCCGGACGAAUCAAAGCCAUUUGUGCUCAAAACGGGUUCAAUCAUCCGAUCGGCCCCAAGGAUGCAAUUUAUUUCGACAAAGAAGAUGGAAUGUCUUGCCUCCACAUCUUCCCAUCCUAUUUCAAUCACUCUUGUGUUCCGAAUGCAGGAUAUGCUGCUCUCCCCCAGUAUUUGGCCAUUCGCGCGCUACGUGCAAUCAAAGAGGGAGAAGAAGUAUUCCUUAGCUAUGGAGGCUUCGCCGGAAACUUGAACCAACGUACCGACCGCCUCAAGAAAUGGUUCGAUGGGUGCGACUGUCGACUGUGUCUCUGCGAUCGUGGUACCCCUCCUGCUCAGACUCAGAAGAGGCAAGAGCUACUGAACGGGCUGCUCACUAGCUCAAGUGGACUCCUCAAGGAUUUCAAGGAGAAAGUGCAACAAAUCGAUGCAAGCUAUCCUGACAAUUACCCCAACCUUCGAUGGGAAGCUUUCCGCGCGCAUGGUCGGCUCGCUCAAAUCCUGAAGAUCGUACAGGAUAGAAGUAGGAAUCAUUCACAAUGUCCGGAGAUCGUUCAGUCGGGAAUGGCUGCAUUGGAAGCGAUAGGUGCUCUAGUCACAGAUAAAAGCAUGGCUCCCGAGCCAUCUAGAAAAGAAACUGAAGGCGAAGGGUUACCUAUCUCUACGGAUCAAGUUCCUUAUUUAAUACCCACUGCGGUAUACAUAUGCCUGGACAUCAGUCAGUGCUUCAAGAGAAUGGGCAUAGAUUGGAGGGCGAUGCAAUGGCUGAAGGCAGCUAUAUGGAGAGUUUGGGGGGAUGAUCCUGUUCAAGAAAACAUAGGACGAAAUCAGGCAAAGGUAUCCGGAAAUCCAGUCGUUCUGGGAAGAAAUGGUGCCUAA